CUGAAAUGCUUGAAUAGUUAUUUUAAUAGAUUCAUGAAUCGAACUGAAUUAAUGCUAAUUUUCUUACGCACAAUCUCACGUCAUCUCAUUGGCGACAAAAUCACGUGAUUUUGUUCACGUAGUUCCUUCCGAAUAAAACCUAAGCCGAAGAUUUACCGCACUCUGAACUUUAUAUCUAAACUAUUGCUCCAAGUUACCUUACGUUUUGCUUUACCACUUGCAAGAGUCGAUACUUGUAAAAGGACGUAAUUUUAUGUGCUUGAAUUAAUGAGUCUAAAGUCCCGUUUAGGUGUGUUUUUGAGCAGAGUAACUCAGGGGAUUUGCUGACAGAUUUUCGCUUCCUAGAUACUUUUCAGUAGUACAAACCAACAUGAAGCUGAUAAUCCUCAAUGACUAUGAUCAGGCAAGCGAGUGGGCUGCAAAAUACAUUAGAAGCAAACUCUUAAAGUUCAAACCUGGCCCAGACAAAUAUUUUACUCUUGGGCUUCCAACUGGAAGCACUCCCUUGGGCUGUUAUAAAAAGCUGAUUGAGUACUACAAGAAAGGAGAGAUCUCAUUCCAGUAUGUUAAGACCUUUAAUAUGGACGAAUAUGUUGGACUUCCCAGAGAACACCCAGAGAGCUACCAUUCCUUUAUGUGGAAUAACUUUUUCAAGCACAUAGACAUAAGAGCUGAAAACACCCAUAUUCUUGACGGCAAUGCUGCUGACCUACAAGCCGAGUGUGAUGCAUUUGAAGACAAGAUCAAAGCAGCUGGAGGGAUUGAGCUCUUUGUUGGAGGAAUUGGACCUGAUGGCCACAUUGCUUUUAAUGAACCUGGUUCUAGCCUGGUUUCUCGUACAAGGGUCAAGACUCUGGCCCAAGAUACAAUAAUAGCAAAUGCUCGGUUCUUUGAUGGUGAUCUGUCUAAAGUGCCUACCAUGGCUCUGACUGUGGGAGUGGGCACAGUCAUGGAUGCAAAAGAGGUGAUGAUCCUCAUCACUGGAGCACACAAAGCAUUUGCUUUGUACAAAGCCAUAGAGGAAGGUGUCAAUCAUAUGUGGACAGUGUCUGCUUUUCAGCAACAUCCACAGACACUUUUUGUAUGCGAUGAAGAUGCCACCCUAGAACUGCGGGUCAAAACUGUGAAAUACUUUAAAGGGAUGAUGCAUGUGCACAACAAGCUGGUGGAGACAUCUCCAGCCCUGUGAGAUCAACUUGUCACAAAACUGUAUUGAACAGUUAAAUGAUAGUGAUGUCUUGAAAUUUACUCCUUUUGGGGAUGUCCUUGAAACACUCUGACAGCUAACAUUCUUGUUUACGUAUUUUUGUAAUAUUUUCAUUGCCUUUUGAUUAAAACUAACAUUUUCUGGA